CGAUUAGCCCGUCCGACAGCGCUCGGGCACUUUCGGACAGGAGGAGGCGGAGAGCCGAGGCUCGCUCGUGAGGAUCCCGGCUCGGGACCGUUCGGCUCCGCUCGGCUCCUUCUCGGGCGGGCUCGGCUCCCGCGGGUGGCGGGUGCAGGCGGAGCCUGCAGCGCAAGGUUCUCUAGGCCGGGUCGCGUUGCGUCGGAGUCCGGCGGUAUCGGCCUCACAGUAGGGGACCCCGAUGACUGGGGAUCACGGCCGACGCGGCCUUCUAGGCCCUGAGGAGGGCUAGCGCAGAGCCUCUCGGAAACCCUCGUGCGGCCUCGGACCAAUUCGGACCGACUCGGCUCCGCGCUUCGGACCACUUCGGCCCCCCUCGUUUCCGGACUCUAGGCCUCGGCUUGGCUCGACUCGACCGGGCCGCUUCGUGCCGGUUCGGGCCCUGUUCGGGCGGCCCCGGCUCGGCUUGGCGGCCGGCUUCGGGCGGGCUCGGCUCAGCUCGGCUCGGUUCGGGCAGCCCUCCUCGGUCAAGCUCGGCCUGUCUCGGCCCGGCUCGGGCGGCCUGCUCGGGCGGCGCGCUUCGGGAUCCGUCCCGGCCUUCGGGCGGCCCCGGCCGGCGCCUUCGGGCGGGCUCGGCGGAGUCCGGAUGGAGGACUCGGACUCGGCCGCCAAGCAGCUGGGCCUGGCCGAGGCGGCGGCGGUGGCGGCCGCGGCCGCUGUGGCGGCGGCGGCCGCGGCCGCGGCGGGAGGCGAGGCGGAGGAGCCCGUGCUCAGCAGGGACGAGGACUCGGAGGAGGACGGAGACUCGGAGGCGGAGCGCGAGACGCGGCGGGUGACGGCCGUGGCGGUGAUGGCCGCCGAGCCCGGGCACAUGGACAUGGGCGCCGAGGCCCUGCCUGGCCCCGACGAGGCCGCCGCGGCCGCCGCCUUCGCAGAGGUGACCACCGUGACAGUGGCCAACGUGGGCGCCUCGGCGGACAAUGUCUUCACCACGUCGGUGGCGAACGCCGCCUCGCUCUCGGGCCACGUGCUGUCGGGCAGGACAGCCCUUCAGAUCGGGGACAGUCUGAACACCGAGAAGGCCACGCUGAUCGUCGUGCACACGGACGGGAGCAUCGUGGAGACCGCCGGGCUGAAGGCACCCACUGCCCCUCUCACCCCCGGCCCUCAGUCUCCUCCGACUCCUUUGGCUCCCGGCCAAGAGAAAGGUGGAACUAAGUACAACUGGGACCCAUCGGUGUACGACAGUGAGCUGCCUGUGCGCUGUCGGAACAUCAGUGGCACCUUGUAUAAGAGCAGGCUCGGCUCAGGAGGCCGGGGGCGCUGCAUUAAGCAGGGGGAGAACUGGUACAGUCCUACCGAGUUUGAAGCCAUGGCAGGAAGGGCCAGCAGCAAAGACUGGAAGAGAAGCAUCCGCUAUGCGGGGCGGCCGCUGCAGUGCCUCAUCCAGGAUGGGAUCCUAAACCCUCAUGCCGCCUCCUGCACCUGUGCCGCCUGCUGUGAUGACAUGACCCUGAGCGGACCCGUCAGGCUCUUCGUCCCCUACAAGAGGCGCAAGAAGGAGAGCGAGCUACCCGCCACACCCGUCAAGAAGGAUGCCCCCAAGAACAUCACCCUGCUUCCCGCUGCAGCCGCCACAACCUUCACCGUGACCCCCUCAGGACAGAUCACUACCUCUGGCGCGCUGACCUUCGACCGGGCGUCCACCGUGGAGGCCACCGCGGUCAUCUCGGAGAGUCCGGCCCAGGGCGACGUCUUUGCGGGAGCCACAGUACAAGAAGCAGGCGUGCAGCCCCCAUGCAGGGUCGGCCACCCGGAGCCCCACUACCCAGGGUAUCAGGACAGCUGUCAGAUCGCACCGUUUCCGGAGGCCGCGUUGCCAACAUCUCAUCCCAAAAUAGUGUUGACAUCCUUGCCCGCCCUGGCGGUGCCUCCCUCCACCCCCACCAAAGCCGUGUCUCCCGCUGUGGUCAGCGGGCUGGAGAUGUCGGAACAGCGGAGCUGGCUGUACCUGGAGGAGAUGGUCAAUUCCUUGCUCAGCACCGCGCAGCAGCUGAAGACGUUGUUUGAACAGGCCAAGCAGGCCAGCUCCUACCGAGAAGCCGCCGCGGCCCAGGCCAGAGUCCAGGCGGAUGCAGAGCGGAAAGAGCAGUUCUGUGUCAACUGCGGCCGGGAGGCCCUGAGCGAGUGCACCGGCUGCCACAAGGUCAACUACUGCUCCACCUUCUGCCAGCGCAAGUGGUUGAGAGUCCGCCUGCCGAUGCAGGGGACAUGGGUUCGUGCCCCGGUCCAGGAAGAUUCCACGUGCCGUGGAGCCGCUGGGCCCGUGAGCCAUGGCCGCUGAGCCAGUAUGUCCGGAGCCUGCGCUCCGCAACGGGAGAGGCCACAACAGCGAGAGGCCCGCGUACCGCAAAAAAAAAAAAAAAAAAAGGUAACUUGCCGGGUGGACAAAUAGUAAAAAAAUCCCACCCCUGGUGCCUGUGACUUGGAGCUGCAUCUGCGGACACAGCCUCUGCUGCGCAGGGGACCCUGUGCCUGGCGGCUUCCCAAAGCGCCCCAUCCUCAGAUGUCCUCGGGAGGGAGGUGGGCAGGAAUGACCCCCAAGACUAGGGUGUGUGGGACGUGGCAUCUUCCUCUGCGUCUCAGGGCUUCCCGGGGGGCUGCAGGGGUCAGCACAGCGUGGAAGGUGUGUCCAGGGGCUCCCAGCUACGCUCCUGAGCCCUGGCCCGUUCCCGGGGCGGGAGACUUGGGAAAGAGACCCGCAGGUCUGCUUUCCCUGGUGUCACCUAUGGCUCGUGUGCUGAGCAGAGGGCCCGCAUGCCUGCUGCGCUCGGGGACGCUGGGAGGAGCCCAGGCAGCCAGGAGGAGCCGGCGGGGUGGACGGGCUCCUGCUGGCUCGUGAUCCGAGAGGGCGGGUGAUCGGUGGCUCUUCCCUGACUUCGAACCAUCAGAGGAAGAUUCGUGGGUUUAUUUCGUGAUGGAGUUGUUUUAGCCAGAUAGCACUUUGUCUAAAUGCAAGCUGCAGUCUUGGAACCUCUCUUGGUGAAUUGGGCAGGUAUAUUUCAGGUGUAACCUUGUUGACAAAGACUCCAUUUCUUCCGUUGGUUGUGUUGGGUUUGUGCUCCUGUGACUCGCUGCCCUGAUAAAGGCAUAGGCUUUGGUUUUAUUGGGUUGGCCACAAAGUUCCUUCGGUUUUGAAGUAAAAACAAAAGACACAUUUUUCAUGUUUCCCAACAACUUUAUUGAACGACGUAUUCACCGUUUUGUUCCACUACCUUCUGCCAUUUUUCAGCCAACUUCAUAAUUCCAUCUUCCCAAAACUUUUUAUCUUUUUGAGCAAAGAACUGUUCCAGGUGCCUUUUACAGUCUUCCCGAGAAUUGAAAUUUUUUCCAUUAAGAGAAUUUUGUAAAGACCAAAAUCAAUGGAAAUCCGAAGGGGCAAUGUGUGGUGAAUACAGCGGAUGAAUCAGAACUUCCCAGCCAAGCUGUAACAGUUUUUGCCUGGUCAUCAAAGAAACAUGCGGUCUUGCAUUAUCCUGAUGGAAUAUGAUGCGUUUCCUGUUGACUCAUUCCAGACGCUUUUCGUCGAGUGCUGCUUUCAGUUGGUCUAAUUGGGAGCAGUACUUGUUGGAAUUAACCGUUUGGUUUUCCAGAAGGAGCUCAUAAUAGAGAACUCCCCUCCACUCCCACCAUACACACAUCACCUUCUUUGGGUGAAGACCGGCCCUUAGUGUGGUUGGUGGUGGUUCAUUUCGCUGCCCCACGAUCUCUUCUGUUCCACAUUAUUGUACAGUAUCCACUUUUCAUUGCCUGUCACAAUUUGUUUUAAAAAUGGAAUGUUUCCAUUACGUUUAAGUAGAGAAUCGCAUGCAGAAAUAUAGUCAAGAAGGUUUUUUUCGCUUAACUUAUGUGGAACCCAGACAUCAAAGCAAUGAACAGACCCAAGCUGGUGCAAAUGAUUUUCAGGCUUGAUACGGAGAUUUUGAGUAUGUCGGCCUCUCCCGCGUGGGUAUAACGUUGAUUGUUCUCAAUUAUUGUUUCGAU